AUCCUUCCCAGUGUGCACUUUGUGUCGAGCACUUCCGUUUUCCCAUCAUGCAGUUUCAGAAACAUGGUCGCACACAGCUGUCAUAACAUUGAUCUUAACUAGCUCAUUCUUCUACGCCAGAGAAUAUCGGUGUUAGUGUAUUUUUUCCACAAUGCCGAAAUAUUACGAGGAUAAAGAGGAGGAUAGCAGAGCCUGCGCCGGCAUCAGAGAAGACUUCAAGACAUGUCUCCUUGAGCACGUCUGCGUUGUGAAGGAAGGGAAGUUGCCCAGCGAAUGUUUGAAGGAAGGCCAUUGCAAAGCCCUGCAGAUGUCAUUCUUUGAGUGCAAGAGGUCAAUGCUGGACACAAGGGCAAGAUUCAGAGGGAGGAAAGGAUACUGAGGAACCAGCUGUUGCCAAAAGGUUGAAUAGGUGUACUUCUAAUGAUUUAAAUCAAAGGGGUGCUGUUCAUGCCUCAGUGUAUCUUCAGCUUUAAAACAUCAUCUGAAGCAUGUAUGCCAAGAAAGACGGUAGCAAAGGACUACCGAACGUGAAAGAACAAUGCACAAUGACACUCGGGAGGAUUACAAACUCAUCAGCAAAAUGGGCUGCUGACAACACCUGGAGCUGUCACAGCUCUGGAUGAAUGAAUGUGUUUCAUGCUAUGGGAAACAAAAUUAAUAAAAGACUUUGUGAAAUGA